AUGGAUGGAAGUGCCACAGAAUACUUCCUCAGAAGCAUUGCAGAGCAUUCAGGUUCUUAUCAGCUGCUGCUACACCUGACCACCUGCAGAAAACUGGGCUGUGAUCGAAACUGUGGGCUCAUUGCUGGUGCUGUCAUUGGUGCAGUCCUGGUUGUGUUUGGGGGUAUUCUAAUGCCAGUUGGAGACAUGCUUAUUGAGAAGACAGUUAAAAAGUCACAAGACGCUGUCCUUGAUGAAGGUACAAUUGCUUUUAAAAAUUGGGUUAAAACAGGCACAGAAGUUUACAGACAGUUCUGAAUCUUCAAUGUGCAGAAUCCAGAGGGAAUGGCUGUUAACAGCAGCAAAAUUAAAGUUAAGCGAAGAGGUCCUUACACGUACCGAGUUUGUUAUCUAGCCAAGGAAAAUAUAACCUGGGACUCCAAGACCCACACAGUCUCUUUUCUCCAGCCCAAUGGUACCAUCUUUGAACCCUCACUAUCAACUGCACUCCAUCUCUAUCCAAAUGUAUUUAUUCAAGGAGUACUCAAUUUACUUAUCAAAAGAUCGAGCUCUUCUAUGUUCCAAAAGAGAACUUUGAAAGAACUAUUGUGGGGCUAUAAGGAUCCAUUCUUUUUUUUGAUUCCACACCCUAUUACUACUACAGUUGGUGUGUUCUAUCCUGUGAACCACAAUACUUCAGAUGGAGUUUAUAAAGUUUUCAAUGGAAAAGACUACAUAAGCAAUAUUGCCAUAAUUGACACAUUUAAAGGCAUAAAGUCAUUCUAUGCUGUGUUUGAAGACAAAAUUGAUCUGAUAGGAAUCCCUGUGUAUAGGUUCAUUUUUCCAUCCAGGGCUUUUGCAUCUCCACUUCAAAAUCCAGACAACCAUUGUUCCUGCACAGAAAAAAUUACCUCCAAAAACUAUACCUUAUAUGGUGUGCUAGAUGUUAGCAAAUGCAAAGAAGGAAAACCCGUGUACAUUUCACUUCCUCAUUUUCUACAUGCAAGUGCUGAAAUUACAGAACCUUUUGAAGGCUUAAAUCCAAAUGAAGAAGAACAUAGUACGUACUUAGAUGCUGAACCCAUAUCUGGAUUUACUUUAUGAUUUGCAAAGCAGCUGCAGAUCAAUAUACUGGUUAAGCCAGCAAGAAAAAUUGAAACAUUAAGGGGUCUGAAGCAGAACUAUACGAUGCCUAUUCUUUGGCUUAAUGAGGUUAGUACACUGGGUGACGAGAAGAGAGCAAUGUUCAUAAAUCAAGUGACUGGAAAAAUAAACCUCCUUGGUCUGGUAGAAAUGAUCUUAAUGAGUGUUGGUGUGGCGAUGUUUACUUCUUUUAUGAUUUCAUACUGUGCAUGCAGAUCAAAGUAA